AUGUCCCUCCAAACACCCCGCGUCCUCCCCGCCCACCUCCACGCCUUCCACCCCUCCAACGCAAACCCCCACGUCACAAACACCGUCCGUAUACUGGGCACAGUAACAGCUCUCCGCGGCGACACGGCGACCAUCACGUGUGGAGAUAAUGGAGACGUGACGCUGAUCCUGAAGCCCGAUUCGCAUCUGCAGAUGGGGAAGUUGGUCGAGGUUGUUGGGAAGGUGACUGAUGUUGAGGGGCAGGGUCUUGGAGUGAGGGUGUUGGGCAGCUUUGAUUGGGGGAAUCCCUCUGAUUGCGGUAUGUUGUUCCCUUCUUUCCUUGAUAGGGAGCUUUGGCUGAUGGUGGUUCUUUGA